CGCCGAGUAUGGCUUUCUCAGGUGGGCAGCUGCGCGAACUCCAGGGAACUCUGCUCCCACCCAAGGACCCGGUGGAGGAACUAGACCCUGAAUUUCCAAAGGAGGAGCUGGAGGAGGAGGAGGAUCUGGAGUUUGUGGACGCCGAGGAGCUCUGCAGUGGGGGUGUAAAAGCUGGCGGCCUCCCUGGGUACCGCCGCGCUGUAAUAGCUGAUAAAAGCACUAAAGAAACAUUCAAAGUGUUUGGACGUUUUCCAAUAACGGGUGCCUGGUGGCAAGUGAAGGUGCAAGUAAAGCCUGCAGGAUUGACCUACUAUCAAGUUCAAGGAUUUCCAUCUUACUUUUUACAAUCUGAUAUGUCACCUCCAGAUCAAAAGCAUAUCUGUUCCCUCUUUCUUAAAGAUUGUAAUUUCCCCUCUGAUAAUAUAACUAAAUUUUUAGCAUGGGUAAAUGCUGUAUCAAGCUAUAAAAACCUCAACUUUAGAAACCUUACGGAAACAUUAAGAACUUUCCAAAAAGAAAUUGAAAGGAAGAAUAAAAAACAAUCUACGCAGAGUGAACAGGAGGAGUCACUACCAGAUUAUGAGAGGAUCCUUCCUCUGGAAAGCACUAUUCCUUUUAUAAGUGCAAUGACAGCUUUACAGUUUCCCAAAAUAAUGGAAUUCCUGCCAAUUCUUUUGCCUCGACACUUUAAACGGAUCAUAAGUUCAAGUUCAAAAGAGGUGUUGGAAGACAUAGAAAAAAUUUUAACUACGCAACCAUGGAAACUUGGAUUUGGUAGAAUAACCUACAGAGAAUUGAAACUUCUGCGAUGUGAAGCAAGUUGGACAGCAUUUUGUCAGUGCAAGUCCCUUCUCCAGUUGAUGACGGAUUUGGAGAAGAAUGCAUUAAUGCUGUAUUUCAGACUGAAGCAGCUGUGUCGAGAAUAUGGGCACACUUGUGUUGAAAGAGAUGACUUAAGAUCUCAGUUGUCAGAACACAUGUGUUUUGAAGAUGCUUGUCAGUCCCUGACAUUUUUGAAAGAUAUUGGUGUGGUAGUGUGCGAGAAGGCCUGUGUCUUUCCUUAUGAUCUUUACCAGGCUGAAAAAGGCAUCGCUUCUUUAAUAUGUACCCUGAUGACAAAACCUCCGUGGCUUUUGCACGUCGAUGUCCAAAAGGUGCUUGCUUCUAUUCCCACCACAAAAUGUGAGGAUACAGGGAGUGAUGAUAACACAUUGAAUGAAAGUAAACCUGAUGAAACAAAAUUAGAAAAUUCAGUGGUGGUUCUGGAAACACAGGACAGAUGUGACCAUAUUUGGAAUAAUGCUGAAAAUGAACGUGAUGCAAAAAUAAGUGAAGCUCAGCUGGACCAGGAUCAGGUGACUGCUUUGAAAAUGAUCUGCUCCAAUGCUGUGACAGUCAUAAGUGGAAAAGGGGGGUCUGGGAAGACCACAAUUGUUAGCCGUCUUUUUAAGUACAUAGAACAGUUGGAAGAAAAAGAAAUUAAAAAAGCUUGUGAAGAUUUCGAACAAGACAGGGAUGUACCAGAAGAAUGGAUUACCUUUACCCAGGAAAAUCUGCAAAAAGCUGACAAGUCUAUAGAAGUUCUACUUACAGCACCUACAGGGAAAGCAGCUGGCUUACUAAGGCAGAGAACUGGCUUCAGUGCCUACACGCUAUGUCAGGUCAAUUAUAGCUUCUAUCUGUGGAAAAAAAAUAUGAUGACCAAGGAUCGGCCAUACCAGCCAUGGAAAUUUUCUUCUGUUAGAAUUCUGGUUGUGGAUGAAGGUAGUUUGGUGUCUGUGCAGGUCUUCAAAUCAGUUUUAGAUUUAUUGUGUACUCACUCCAAACUUUCUAAGCUUAUUAUCCUUGGUGAUGUUAGGCAGUUACCCAGCAUUGAACCUGGUAACUUGUUGGAAGAUGUUUUUGAGACUCUUAAGUCAAAAAAUUGUGCUGUUGAACUAAGAACAAACCAUAGAGCAGAAUCUGAGAUAAUUGUGGGUAAUGCUACAAGAAUUUCAAGGCGCCAAUUUCCAGAAUUUGAUGCAGAGUUGAAUAUCUGUGAUAAUCCAGCAGUCCCUGUCUCAAUUCAAGAUAAAACAUUUAUUUUUGUCAGACUUCCAGAACAGUGUGACAGUUCUCAGUUCUCCAAUAAUGAUUUUCAGUCUUAUUUAUAUUCUGCAGUUAAAACUUUACUCAAAGGAGAGGACUUGCAAAAUCCCAAAACAUCACAAUUUAUUGCAUUCAGAAGGCAAGACUGUGAUGUGAUCAACGCCUGCUGUUGCAAGUACUACUUGGACCGCCUUCACAAAGAUUGCCGGAAUAGACUUGUAUUUGGAACUGGUGAUAAAAUCUGUUGUACCAAGAAUGCAUAUCUCUCAGACAUACUCCCGGGAAAUACUUCCAGCAGUCAGCAAGACAGCAAACUGGAUGCCAGUGGUGAAGCCCUUAAUGGUAUGCCUUACAGUUUUGCUGAAAAUAAGCAUGACUUUGAAAGUGGUCUUCGACUCUGCAAUGGAGAAAUAUUUUUCAUAACAAAUGAUAUCACCUUUUAUGAUGUGACCUUUGGAAAGAAAAGAUUUGUGACCAUUAAUAAUAUGGCUGGCUUGGAAGUAACAGUGGAUUUUGAUAAACUUAUGUAUCAUUGUCACAUAAAACAUGCAUGGGCAAGAACUAUUCACACUUUUCAGGGAUCCGAGGAGCAGACUGUCGUCUAUGUGGUCGGGCUUGCUGGCCGUCAACACUGGCAGCACGUUUACACCGCCGUCACCCGGGGUCGCUGUAGAGUGUAUGUCAUUGCACAGGAGUCUCAGCUGCGGAAGUCAGUUAGGAAACAAGGCAUUCCCAGAAGAACUCGUUUGAAACAUUUUUUGCAAGACAAACUCUCCGUGAGCUGUGCAUCGCCAGCAGAUUUUGCAUCCUCAUCAAAGAGUUCUGGAGACAGUGGAGGCCCCUGCAGCAUGCAGACCUUACCUCUGCCGCUCCCUGCAGUCAUAGAUGUGGGGGUGACAGAUGACACGCCCAGAAGCGCAGCCUCUGUGACUGGGUUCAGGACACCCCCCUCUGCUGAAAAAUGGAGAUUAUCUUCUUUGGAUAAAAUGAUUCCAACCGAGGCGCCAUCAGUCGCUCGAGGGCCCAAAAGAACCUGUGGUACGGGUGAGGACGAAAGUCCAAAGAAAAUCCCUAUGGUGGAAGAGUCAUCUCCACAAGUUUCUUCUAGACUUCAGAAUUUGAGACUCAAUCAUUUAACCCCCAAGCAACUCUUCAAACCCACCAACAAUCAAGAAACUUAAUUUUAUUUUGGAUUGCUCAAAAUAAUUGUUAUUUUCCAGUUAACACAUAAGGAACCUUGUUGCUUCCCAGUGUCAAGCUAAGAGACUUCUGUCACUGACAUUUCAUUCUUAUGGUGCUUGUAUUUAUUGUAUAGAUGUUUCAGAAUCAUUUGAUCUGAGAAAACCUUAAUGAUGUCAACAUCUGUUAUGAGAGAUGGUAGCACUGAACAUAAAUGAGGGGAAAAGAGGUUGCAUGUUUCUUUAAAAAGAUUCUGCUGUCUAAAGUAUUUUGACGAUAAAGGCUUGUUAAAUUUGCAUGAUCACAGUGGCUGAUUUCUGCCAGGGGUUUGAAGCAGUUAAAGAGUAACUGUAAUUGCAUCUCUUCACUUGAUCUUAGCCUGUGGGGAAGCAGUGAGGAUCUUAGCCAGUAGGGAGCAGUGAUGGUAAUUGCUUCUUUUUAUUGACAUACCCGAGGAUAUUGUGGCUCUUCAGAGCAGUCAUCUCCAAAGGCUGCACUCCGAUGCUGCUGCCUAGGCCCCGCUCACCUGGCACCCUGGAAGUUUCUUCUGAACUGGAACUCACUGGUUUUGAUUUUUCUUAAUCUGCCAGAUAAUUGACAAAAUACUGUGAGUUUGAAGUUUACAAUGUUGAUUUGAUACACUUGUAUCUUAGUGUGCUCACCUCUGUAGUUUAACAUUUCUAUCAUGUCCUAAUCAUCAUUUAUAUGGGACACAUGUUUGAAUAGUUCCACAUUGGAAAUUUGUGUUCUCUCAUUGUUCAGUGGCCAAAGAAAAUGUUAAGAGGAAAACAUCUACCUUGUUAUCCCAAUUUUUUUUUUUAAGAUUUAUUUAUUUAUUUGUACAGAACUGGGGUUCAGGCCAGAGA